AUGACGAUUAAGAAUACAUCAACUAAAGAUAAUAUUUAUCAUUUUGUCAAUGCUAAAAUAAAUGGAUAUUAUGUAUUAGGCAAAAAUAAUUCUCAACUUGUUCGAGAUCAAUUGGAUCUUCUUGGUUUUAAUCGAUAUGAUUCUUUGCCUAUUGGUGGUGUCAAAUUCAAUUGGAUAACACGUAGUGCUGACAUAGAUUGGAAAACAUUUGAUUCAAAUUUUCAAAUUCUUAAUCAUAUUUAUAAUGAAAGACAAUUGUCAAAUAAAGGUUUACUAUUAACUAAUUUAAAAAAUUAUGAAUUGACUAUUCUCAAAAAUAAACGUUUUAAUGAAAUAAAUACUAAUAAAAUAAGAUUAAUUCCAUCAUCAAAUAUUGAUAAUUAUUUAUCAUUGAAAACAUUUCUACCCGAAACAUAUUUACUUGAUAAUACAAAUGAUCGAAUUACAUUUAAGAAAAUAUUCAAAGAUGGUUCAACAUGGAUUUGUAAACCUGUAGGACUUUCAUGUGGACGAGAAGUAUUUAUUUUUCGUAGUCAACAACAACUUGAAAAUCUUUUAAAUGAAUAUCAUAAAAAUUCUCGAAAUAAUCAUUAUUGUACAUUAUAUUAUAAUCGUCUCGUUCAAAAAUAUAUUGAAAAUCCAUUACUUAUUAAUAAACAUAAAUUUGAUAUUCGUACAUAUUUAUUAUGUAUUUGUAUAUCAAAUGAAAUUUUAUGUUUUGCUGCACAAACAGGAUAUCUUCGUUUGUCUAUGUAUAAAUAUGAUUUAGAAAAUAUGAAUAAAUUUAUUCAUUUAACAAAUCAAAGUAUUCAAAUCAAAAAUAAAGUUUUUUCAUCAGUAAAACAUAAUACUGGUAUGACAAUGGAUGAAUUUAAUGAAUAUUUUAAUGAAUAUAUUCAACCGAAUAUGCCUUAUAUUAAGAAAGGUUGGGUAUUAAAUGAAUUACCUGAAAAAAUUACAAAAAUUCUUAAUCAAGUAGCUGAUUCAGUUAGAAAUAAAUUAUCAAUACGUGAAGGAUGUUUUGGUUUUUAUGGUGUAGAUAUUUUAAUUGAUGAAAAACUGAAUUGUUGGUUACUUGAAAUUAAUAGUGGACCUACAUUAGAUAUGACCAAUGCAGCAUUGGAAAAAGUUAUUCCAAUAUGUCUCAAUGCAGCUCUUAAUAUAGUGAUUGAAUCUUUGGAUAAUUAUCGUUCAUUAGGCUCAGUAUUUCCUCUUCAUAGUUCAAAUAUCUUUAAAUAUUUGUUACCAUCAAAUCCUCCUGUACUAUCACCUAUUAUAUCGAACCAAAUUCCAAUUUUUACAUCUCUGAAUACUCAUCGUAUUGAUUUAACACCAGGAGUACUUGUUUCAUUUCAUCGUUAUCGUCGAUUACCUUUACUUUCACAUUCAAAAUCACCUAAUCAUUUCUCUAAAUCUGUUCUUCAAAAAAUUAAAUUAACUCAAAAAAAAUCAACACCAGUUAGAAGUCAACAUCAAUCGAUCAUUCAUAAUGUUAUAAAAAAAAUGGAUCGAGAACAUCUAUCACAUCAACUUACUGAAUUUAUUCGAAUGAAUAAUAAACCAAUAAUAUUAAACAAUAAAUUACAUGAACAAGAUUCGAUAAUCCAUUCAAUUCUUCAAUAA